UCUUACAUAAUCCGUGCCCGUGAUAACCUGUUUGCAUAUCACAAACAUUGCUGCGUAAGGUCAUCUAUUCGUUGAGAUACAGCGGACUACUUGAGACGUGUCACAAUGUUUGAAAUUGUUGUUUUAUUUGCUGGCGUUGCGCUAUGCCAAGCCGAUCUUCCAGUGACCCCUCCAAAGACGCCUCCAGCCAGCCCUCCGCCCGUGAGGUGUGGAGUAACCCCUACUGAAAUACACAAAUGUUUAGGAAACCCGAAGCUGGUUACCAGAGAUAUCACCGCGCAAUGCAACUCCAAGGGGCCAAAUGAGUGCGAGCGCAUGAAGUGCAUCUUCCAGAAGUCGGGCUGGAUGAGUGGAGACACCAUCGACAAGGCUAAAGUCACUGCUCACUUCGAGCAGUUCGCUAAAGACCACCCUGACUGGGCGCCGGCUGUUAACCAAGUCAAGGUUUCUUGCCUGUCGGGGAACUUGCCUACACAAGGUGUCUACCUCAACUGCCCAGCAUAUGACACUAUACAUUGCGUGCUAACUGUAUUCUUUAAGAACGCGCAACCCUCCCAAUGGUCAACGGCCGCAGAGUGCUCCUACGCGCGACAGUUCGCCGCGUCGUGCCCCAUUUGCCCCGAAGACUGUUUCGCCGCAGCCAUCCCCUACGGCUCUUGCAACGCUUGCAGACUGUUGCCCCAGAUACCCCAGACUCCAUAAACUGUUUAAUCAUAAAUUACAUAUA